GGUGCGGGUGGCACCGCCGGGCUCGGCCCCUGCAGGGCAGGUCCCUUCCGUGGCCCGGCGGCAGAAUGUCGCUGUGCUGUCCCAGGGGACCCCAAGGUGCCGGUGCUGUACGAGGUGGAGAGGACUCGUACAGGGAAGAGCUUCUCCGUUCGCUCCGUGAAGGCCAUCCAGCACGGAAAGCCGAUCUUCACCUGCCAGGCCUCCUUCCAGCUCUCCCAGGGGAGCCCAGUGCAGCACCAGUUCACCAUGCCCACCGUGCCGCUCCCCGAGGAGCUGCUGACACAGGAGGAGCUCAUCCAGAAAUUCCUGCAGAAUCCUAACCUGGCUGAGAGAUACAGGAAACAUCUCAACAAGAUCCAAGCCGAAGAUGUGCCGAUUGAUAUUAAACCCGUGAACCCACCAGAUAUGUUCAGCUCAGAGCCACAGGAGCCAAAGCAGCUCUUCUGGGUGCGAGCACGAGGCUACAUAGGGGAGACGGACAUGAAGGUGCACUGCUGUGUGGCCGCCUACAUCUCCGACUACGCUUUCCUGGGCACGGCCCUGCUCCCUCACCGGCAGUACCACAUCAAGUUCAUGGUGUCCCUUGACCAUUCCAUGUGGUUCCACGCGCCCUUCCGAGCUGACCACUGGAUGCUCUAUGAGUGCGAGAGCCCCUGGGCUGGCGGGUGCCGGGGCCUGGUGCAGGGACGGCUGUGGCGCAGGGACGGGGUCCUGGCUGUCACCUGUGCACAAGAAGGAGUCAUCAGGGUGGAACAGAGACCAAACCAGAGCAAGCUCUAGCUGAGGAGCCCCCACAAGCUGGGGCUCAAGCGUACCAAGCGAAGGACCCUGGGAUCAAGACAGGACCUAGACAGCAGCAGGAAGGAGACUGGGCUGGAUCCAGCCCAGUGUGGAGUCCAAGUGCCAGAGGUGUCUGUGACAGACGGUGACCCACAGAGCAUCAGUGUGACCAACUGGCUGCUGCACAGUGUGUAACCACAUGCUGCCACCAGCCACCUUAAAAUAAAGCCGUUGGGUGAAGAGCUGGA